AUGUCGAGACAACAGAUUCUGCCAGUGGUUUUCGCAUGCCUUUUUUUGAAUGUCUUUUCGCUUUCAGUCAACCCGGUAUUGUCCCGGAGACGAAUAGUAGGACUUAGCGGGACGGCCUUCCUCCUAAGUAUGCCAAAUAUCGUCGCUGCAGAUAUUACUGGCGAUACAAAUCAGGCGAUUACAGCCGAUGAUAUUUUGAAUGCGUCUAGCGCGGCAAGCACGGAUCGCCCUCAGAUUCCAUUACCAAUUUCGAGCGACAGCCUCGGUCGAGAUCUUUCAACGAUCCAAGGUCUCAUAUAUCUAAAGAAUACACGAUUCGAACGACCCCCAUCUGGCAGCAUUGUUUUGGUGACGGUACGCACGCUUCAGAAUCCGGACGUUGUCUUAGGUGGAGCUAAGUUCCCUGCUUCGAAACUUCCCAUUCGAUUUAGACUAAACGAACAGAACGUGCUCAAGGAACAAGCGGCUGUUUGGAAGACAGCGCAGACUCAGGACUUACUGCUGCAGGCGGAGGUGUGCAUGCAAGAGGACUUGCAAAAGACGACGUGUUCCAAAGUAUUCAUGAGAGCGGUAGGAGCGUCGAAGAGUCUGCAGCUUCAGACACAGAAUGGCGACGGAACGCUGAAUGUGCGAGCAGCCGCAUCUCUUUCCCUCGAGGGUAUCUAA